AUGCAGCGCGGGUUGGCGCUGGCGCUUGUGAUAGCCCUCUUGGCCCUCGCCUCCGUGGCCGAGGCCUGGGGUCCGCUCUCGCACUACUAUUUCGCCCUCCAAGCCUUCCCCACCGCCGACCCCUACAGCGUGAAGCAGGGCUGCGACCUGCCGGACGGGUUCUACUUUGCCAACUGGUCGCAGUUUCCGGACUGCUCGGUGCCGGUCGACGCCAUGCACAACGGCGUCUUCCCGGGCUACCUCGUCCAGUUCGCCCUCACCUCCGAGGCAGCCAAAUUCAAGCGCGAUGGAUUUGAUCCGCUGUCGAUGGCGCUGGCCUUUGGCUCGCACGUGUAUGCCGACGUCGUGGGCUUCCACACUCCCUACGGCGGUUAUCUUGGUCCGACAGUGCCCAACUACGCGACCACGUGGCCCCACAUGACCGCGAUCGACGCCCACGUCUCCCAUUACAUCCCGUUCGACCCCGACUCCACGAUGUCGAGCGAGGUGGCUGCCGAGUUUGUGGCGGCUGGCACCGAGUACGCGCACAGGGCCAAUGCCAAGUACGGCGUCUACAACGCCACCGCCAUCAAGAAGUGCAGCGACAACUGGGGCACCGCCGGCCUCGGGCUCAUCAAGGUGGCCAAGCUCCAGGCCGCGUCGACGUACUAUCAGCAGGCGCUGAUCGCCUACGACCAGUUCAACGCCACCACUUUCCAGCAGACGGCCAAGCACUUUACCAUGGCCAACGAUUGCGCCGUGGCGGUGAUCCAGCACUGGGCGCAGCUGGUCUGGAAAGACAAGCUCCAUCCGGAGACCGCCUUCGCCCAGAGCUACGCCUUCUCCAAGAGCCUCUUUGCCAAGGGCUCCUGCACGCCCUACCCCGUUUCGUAA